AUGUACUCCCUACAACACAGUCGAUAUUUAGAAGAGAAACUCUUUUCACAGUGGAUUCACCGAGAAGUGGCAAAGACUUUGGAAUAUUUUUCACGUCAAAACAAUUUAAAGGGAAUCGUGAUUUGUACUGGAAAUGGACAUUUUCUUCUGACACUAGUAGCACUACAUGCGCUUCAGUCGAUUGGAAACACAAUGUCCAUCGAAGUUAUGUUCUCCACUUCUACUGAUCUGUCAGCGAGCAACCAAAAACUGCUGAAAAACCAGUUUCCCACAGUUCGACUAGUGGAUUUAUCGACAAUUUUCAAUGAUAGCUAUUUAGAAUUGCGAGGUUGGGAAAUUAAACCGUUUGCAGUACUCGCAUCGCGAUUCCAGCACGUUCUUUUGAUUGAUUCUGAUGUUUUGUUUUUGGAAAAGCCGUCAGCUCUUUUCGAAAAUGAACUGUAUCUUCGCACGGGUACUCUAUUUUUCUACGAUAGAUUCGAUUUAUCCCCGAAGGCUCUUCGAUGGGUUCGUAGCAUAUCGAUGAAGAGCACUGGUACUAUUUCUCACCGAACACAAGAAUCUGGUGUUGUUGUCAUUGAUAAGGGUCGUACUCUUAUGGGUCUCUUGAGUACAUGUAAACUGAAUGAGCAUGAACAACGUGAACGGGUGACUUAUAAACAUCUCCAUGGUGACAAAGACACAUGGUGGCUCGGUUUUCACCUUGUCGAUAUGGCCUAUUCAUUCAUACCAAGUCUGACAGCUUCGAUAGGACAUAUUCACCGACGUAAGGUAUGCGGACACAUCCUACAUCUUGAUCAAAACCAUCGGCCCAUAUGGUGGAACGGCGGAUUGUUUAAAAAUCGCUACGUCAAUACACGUGAUAUUCUGCCCAUUGAAGUUUGGUUAGAAGAAGGCAAGUGGACACUUGCAACUUAUUCGUGUUUAAUCAACCAUCGACAAAAACCAAGAUCAUUCAACCAAUAUCAAAGACAUCUAAUUGAAAACUAUACGCAUAUCACAAAACACGUCUAUAAUAUCGCACCAGGAUAG